CUUAUUUCUGCCACGAUCCGCGCGCGCGCAGAACUUUUUUUUACGAAAGUUAAAAUGACGAUAUACAGCAAAAUAGUUCAAAUUAUUUUGGCCAGUGUCUGUUGAAGGAUUAGCAGGAUUUUACUGGAUCUGUUUUAGUCAAAGAUGGCGUGGCGUCUGCUGGCGACGCUGGAGGCAGCGGUGGUUGUGACGAUGGCGGCGCUGCUGCUGUACCUCGCCCACAGGAGACGAACGAGGAGACAGAUACGGAGUGUUAUGAUAAGCAAUACCAAAUGUAGCGUAGGUCGUAUACUGAAAGAGAAGUUGAAGAAACAAGAAUGUGCAGUCCACACGUACACAGGCGCAGCGAUAAGCGGAGCGACUAAGGUGGACGCUCUGAUCAUAGUCGGAGCGGAUUCCGCCAGCGGCCUGGAUGGGAUAGCGAGGCUGGUCACAGAGGACGUGAACGGUAAUAUAAAUUUACUAGAGAGCCUCCACCACUACGUGCGGCGCGGCGGCUGCAUCGUGUGGACGUGCGCGGGCGCAGCGUCCGGUAGCUUCGCGGGCGCGUCGCACGCCUUUGACGCUGUGCUGAAGGCCAGUCUGCAGCAUGUGUGUAAGAGCGCACACUGUGAGGCGAUAUGGGUCGGGCGACACGCUGAAGCGGAGGCGGCAGCGAUCAGCGUGCUCCAGACGCUCUUCCCUUGCACCACCGAAAAUAGUUUUAAAUAUACCUUAAGAAUUUUGUCAGAAAGUAUCAGCGCUUACCUCGACCGCUGCUGGAAGAUUGUAACACUUCAGACCUCACUGCCGCCACCUGUUACGUAGCUGCUUCUACAAGAAGGUUCCCUUCUUGCUUGUUUAGAGUGAAUGUUACGAAAUUUUAUUCAAGCACAUUAUUAUGAAAUUUAAAUUACUGUAAAAACUGUAGUGCCUCUUGUUACCUUGUGUGUGUUUCUUGCCAUGUUGUGUUGUGAGAAAGAGUUGUAUUCGAUAUGUAC